CGUCAACGGUGUCCAGUCCGUCUCACUCCGUUACGGGUACGGCUCCCGAUCUUCCUUUCUUGGCUUUCCAUUCCCAGCUGGCCGCCAACCGUCAGCAGCUGGCCUGCACCCAAAACCCCUCGCUGACAAAGCCUCCAUCUGGGUUCCUUUCCUUCGCUCUUUCCUCCUCCAGGCACCUGACGCCUUUGAAAUGCCCAGCGGGCGCAGUCUUGCGGCAGACGACCGCGCUCUGAGACCCUGACCGAGAAUAUCCCCGUGACAUGGCACCCUCUGCGGCCGAGCCCAGCACGGUAUUCUCGUCCUUUACCGGGCUGCAAUCAUUCUAUGACGUCUCCCGUCGCCUUCCCCAGACCAGACUGCCCUGCUGGGCGUUGCCGCUCCCGCACGCUGUCUCUCCUCUCCUGCCUCGCGAGACUCCCCCGCGCCCCGUGCCGGGGUGACCUCCCCUGCAUUGCGCAGCCUCAUUGGCUCCCUCCAGCAGCACUCGAAUCCCCAGGCACCCGUGCAGCUGGCUGCUGCUGGCAGGCGAUGACUCUGUGGGUGUGUGCUGGGCCCGUCUGCCCACUGCUGAGGCUGCGCCCCAGCUACUCUAGGGUUCUUCAGCGAGAAACCCCCGUCAGCAGGGCCGGCGCUCUCUCAAUCCCGUCUGCUUCUCUUCCCAUCUGACUCCUUCGUUUUGGCUCCCUGUUCCAUUUCGCGCCAGAGACGGGCGGCCACCUGUCCGGAAUAGAGCUUUCUGAGCCUGGUGGAGGAACUGCAAGGCGCAUCGGCGAGUCCAUAUUUUUGUCUCCUCCCCCACUCGCUCGCUUUCCGGCCUGGCUUUGGUUGCUUGAACCGAUCGCUCCAUCCGCAUCUCAUUUCGUUUGCUGUGCUGUCCGUCGCAAGUCGCCGGUGCACAAAUAUAUCCCGUCCACCCCGCCCGCUCUCCCGCCCCAGCCUGCGCAUAUUUCCUUGCCUGUGCAUCACCGCCAGGGGAACCUCGCAUCAGAGCGAACCUCUUUCGCUCCACACCCUCGUUCAGCCCACGGCCCCUUGCCGCCGUUAGCCAGCGGCGAGUGUCUGCUUGUCAUUCCAUCGCGUCAUCGCCAACCGCAUACCACCCCUUACCCGCGCUACUCUGGCUGUGAGAUCCAUAUCCCUCGUGGUCAAGAACAGUCAGCACCAACCGUCGCUGCCUAGACUCUCACUUGUCAUCAGCGCCGAGGCAGAGAGAGGUUGCUGCACCUCCUCGCGCACCCAGCUGCUUUUGUGCCUGGGUAGUCCUCGCUGGCCAUCACUGCUCGGACACUUCAGCGGGCGCAUUGUCUUGCAGCGACUCGCCGAGUGGACCUGCGCCGGGGGCCUGGCGGCCUGCCUGGUGGCCUAAGCUCGCGCCGGUUGCCGCCAUCACGGGCCUGCGGGUAGCCGAAGCCACCCAGGGCCGAGCUCCGCGAGCGAUGGCUGCCCGAGCCGAGCCGGCAGCGGUGUCGGACCCGACGCAGUCCUUCACUGAGAAGACCGAGCCGUUUCCCGAGUCGGAGAUGGACGCGCGCCUGCAGAGCAUACGCAUACAAAGGCAAUCUUUCAAGGCCGACGAUGCUGCGCCCGUGCACCUGGACGAGCUGGUGGUUCCACCAGACAAGGGCAUUCGCAUUCUUGUGCGGCCGCUUAGGAGCCGGUCCGUCAGUCCCGCGAGCCACGACAACUGCGAAUGGCUGGCUCUGCAUGCCGAAGUCGCCUCACCCGAGUCGCCCAGUAGGCCUCAGCAUACGGUUCUGGCCGUCACACAAACGUCCAAAGACAUCAAAUUCUCCGUCCGAGUCCCAGGCGGUGGAAGCCGCGCCGGCGAUUCGUCAGGGAGCGAGGCGCACGGACCAACGCUGUGGUGCGAGAUGUACUACGACACUGAGAGCGACCACCAGAUCUUUGUCAACAAGUCAGACCUGCCCAUCACGCUCACCAGGGUUUCUCAGCUUCCGCCUAUGAGCCCCGGCACCGAACACACAGUUGUUCCCUUCAUCCCGAAAAAGCUGCCUCCUGGAACAUGGAGGAUCAAAGUCGAUGAUAUCGACGUCCUGGACUUCAGGAUAGUGGAGAUGCGGCCCGCGCUGAUGCGGAUCGCGACCACUUCGUCGUCCGGCACCAGCUCGUCGCUCAAUGAGAUGGUCAACUCGUCAGGGAAGCGCUCCUUUGUCGCGGACGAGGAUGACCCUACCGGCCCCGACGCCAGGCGAAUUCGAGGAACGGACGGCUCGCCGUCCUCAAGAAAGCAGGAUGGUGUUAUUGAAUUUCUGCCAUCAAACGCCGACAAGCUAGUGUUUACGCUCCCAACCGCCAGUAACAGCAAAAGCCAGGAACUUGUCCCGUUCAAUGGACAGCCAUUGCUCGACAUGCAACCAGGCGACACGGUGCAGAUCCCCGGCGGAUGCGAAUUGGACCAGUACCGCAUCACCAAACGGGAUCUCAUUGCAUCGACGGCUCUCUCUAGCGUGUUUAAAAGCACUGCCGAGCAUUUCAACAUCCCACCAAACAGCAUUAUAACGGUCAAAGUCCUCAAGACGCGCGCCGCCCCGUCGUACAAUGGCCUUAUCAAACCUCUUGAGAAUGAGAGGAACGUGAUCCGACAGGCGGAGGGGUGGCAGCGCGAGUUCCAGUCACAUGGGUACCUGCAGCACGACCACAUCCCCAAGCUGUAUGGCGGUGACGCGCGUUAUCUCUCGUUGUAUAUGGAGCACGUGGAUGCGCACGACCUCACAAUCCAGGGGACAUGGCGGGGAAAAAACAACGACUACUUUGUGGGCACCAAGGCCGACGCUAUGCGGAUCCUACGCGACAUCUCGGGUGCGCUCAACUAUAUUCACUCGCGCCACCUGGUACACAACGACAUCAAACCCUCCAACAUCUUGUUUUCCCCGGAGCGAGGCGCCGUGCUGUGCGAUUUCGGCCUGUCGGCGCAUACCCGCAGCUCACCCACAGCCGGAGGUACUCCAUACUACGUUCCACCCGAGUACAUUGGAAACAAGCAGCGGGGCCCGGCCGGAGACGUCUGGGCACUGGGAGUCACCAUGCUUUACGUGCUUCGGAAGCUUCCCUGGCCCGAGUCGCGCAUGAGAAGGAGGGAAAACCAACGGCCGCUGUUCUGGAUGAUUGCAGAUUUGCACAGAACGGCCGCCCAGGCUCGUGGGGGCGCCCAGGCAGUCAUGGGCGGCAGGCCAGGUGCUGGAUCACAGGUGCCUCCGUCGGCUGUGGUCCAGAUGCAGACUUGGCUCAACGAAGUCAAGGAGGCCAGGGACAAGCUAGACCCCCUGGAUAAGCUCCAAGGUCUGGUGGGCAAGAUGCUGGCACCGAACCCGGCUCAGAGGAUCUCGGCCUGGCGCAUCAUGACGGAGCUGUUUGCGGAGCAGGCUCCUCAGCCAAAACAGCAGCCGACACCGGCCUGAACAAGGCUUACUUUACGACAUAUAUACGACGGAUGGGUGGAAGGGAUAUGGGAACAUGUAGGCGGCAGACGGUCAUGGUUGGCGUGGGCAUGAUUUGCGAUUUAAAGCUCUCCUUGGGCCUGGAGUUUUCGGGGUUGUUUGGUACAUGUUUAAUGUGUUAUAUACCUCUAGCGACUUGUCCGCUUUGCUUUUUACCGUUUGGCUCGGGUACCGCCCUUUUUUUUUUUGGGCGGGCCAGGUCGCUGUCUUCUCUGAUUGGUUAUACUGUCUGCAUUUUCGCAAAGCCUCAUUUUUAUGCGCCCAUAACUUUGGUAUUUCUUUCCUCUCGUGGAACGGUAAUACGCCGAGCAUUAGAACGACUGGCAGAGCAACAAAAGCAAGAAGAAGAGUCACGUGGCAAUUUUAUAUAUCUUUUCUUUUUUUCAUUGUUUUUGUCUCUUGCGUUGUGUUUAUGCUUCUUUGAUCGGCCACCUGGCCACUCGGUGUCUUUCCUUUUCAACAAUGGCCCUCUCUCAUAUUAAGCCAUCGCGCGAGUCCCCCCGUCCUAGCUAGGUAGAUAGGUAUAUAGAUUAGGUGGACAGAGCUCUUUCUCCAAACCCCGCCUCUCUCUCCGAGUCAGAGCCCAUGCCGUCUACCAUCCGAGGCCGUAGACAAAGACGCCAGCCAUGCCGACAACGGAGCCCAGGACGACGCCGUUGACGCCGAGGCUGGCGCCGGCACCGGCAGGCUUGG